AUGGACGCGCCGUGCGGCGCCGAGCCUCCGCGGGCCCGCGGCCGGGUCGACACGGCCUCCGCGGAGGCGCGGGACCCGGCGGCGCCCUGGGCGCGCUUCUCGGCCUGGCUGGAGUGCGUGUGCGUCGUCACCUUCGACCUGGAGCUGGGCCAAGCGCUGGAGCUCGUGUACCCCAGCAACUGCCGCCUGACGGACAAGGAGAAGAGCAGCAUCUGCUACCUGUCCUUCCCGGACUCCCACUCAGGCUGCCUUGGGGACACCCAGUUCAGCUUCCGCAUUCGCCAGUGUGGAGGGCCCAGGACCGCAUGGCACAGUGAGGACCGGCUCUAUGACAGCGGGGUCCCCCCGUGGUUGCAGAGGGAGCCAGCGCACUAUUUCGGCUAUGUGUACUUCCGGCAGGUGCGGGACAGCUCCGUGCAAAGGGGCUACUUCCAAAAGUCUCUGGUGCUGCUCUCCCGCCUGCCCCUGGUGCGGCUGUUCCAGGCACUGCUGGGCCUCAUGGCCCCCGAGUACUUCGACAAGCUGGUGCCCUGCCUGGAAGCAGUGUGCAAUGAGAUCGACCAGUGGCCGGCGCCCGUUCCCGGGCAGACACUGAACCUGCCGGUGCUGGGAGUGGUGCUGCAGGUUCACAUCCCAGCCAGGGUGGACAAGCCUGACUGCAGCCCAGGGGAGCAGCAGGACCAGGAGAGCCUGCUGCCCGCCCCAGUGAUCCUUGCCAGCGUCCACGAGCUGGACCUGUUCAGGUGCUUCCAGCCGGUGCUGACCCAUGUACAGACCCUGUGGGAGCUUCUGCUGCUCGGGGAGCCCCUGCUGGUGUUGGCGCCAUCCCCUGCCGCGUCCUCCGAGAUGGUGCUGGCCCUCACCAGCUGCCUGCAGCCGCUCAAGUUCUGCUGCGACUUCAGGCCCUACUUCACCAUCCACGACAGCGAGUUCAAGGAGUUCGCCACGCGCACUCAGGCCCCACCAAACGUGGUCCUGGGGGUCACAAACCCUUUCUUUAUCAAAACACUCCAGCACUGGCCUCACAUUCUCCGUAUUGGGGAACCCAAGAUGUCAGGGGACCUUCCCAAGCAGGUUAAGCUGAAGAAGCCGUCAAGGCUGAAGGCCCUGGACACUAAGCCAGGCCUGUACACGGCACACACCGCACAUCUGCACCGCGACAAAGCGCUGCUGCGGCGGCUGCUCAAGGGCGUGCAGAAAAAGAGGCCUUCGGAGAUGCUGUCGGCACUGCUGCGGCGCCACCUGCUGGAGCUCACGCAGAAUUUUAUCGUCCCUCUGGAGCACUACAUGGCCAGCCUCAUGCCCCUGCAGAAGAGUGUCCUGCCCUGGAAGACGCCCCCACAGGUUGGGCCCUUCCGCCAGGACCACUUUCUGUGCAGCCUGGAGCAGGCGGGGCCCCGGCUCAGCUGCGUCCUCAGGGGCGACUGGCGGGGCCUCUACAGGCGCUUCUUCAAGUCCCCCCACUUUGACGGCUGGUUCCGGCAGCGGCACAAGGAAAUGGCCCAGAAGCUGGAAGCCUGGCACCUGGAAGCCAUCUGCGAGGCAAAUCUGGAGAGCUGGAUGAAGGACAAGUCCGAGGUAGAGAUUGUCGACUUGGUGCUGAAGCUUCGAGAGAAGCUGGUGCGUGCACAAGGCCACCAGGUCCCCGUGAAGGCGGCCACACUGCAGCGGGCAAGGCUGUACAUCGAGACGGCAGUCAGAUCUCUGCCCAAGGACCUGCAGGCCGUCCUGUGCCCCACCUAGGUCCCUGGUUCCCGUGGCUUCCCUCUGGGCAGCUCAGGCUGAACCAUCCCCAGAUGUCUCACCACCCCAGCCUGACAUCGUCUCAGCAUAAAGGUGGCAUCAGGCCGAUGUGCUACCCUGAGCUUCAUCCCUCCUGCCCGCCUCAGCGGGCCUAGUAGGUCCCAGUUGGACUCACCCAGCGGCUGCCCCUGCACCUCCUACCCACCUGGCCACAGCCACUCCCUGCUGGUGUGUCCGGGGCCACUAGGGGGCGGCGUGAGCCCAGCCUUGAAGUCCACUCCUGCCACCCCACCCACUGGUUUCUGGGCAGGACAGUUCUGUCUCUGCUGCUGCUCUGCCGGAGGGCACCCAGGUGUCUCCCCCAUUGGGCAGUGCCCGCCUUGGCCUGCUGGUCCCCACCUGGCGGAGGGUCCCUCCCAUGCACUGUCCGUCUUCCCACCACAGAACUGGGAGGGCCGAUGGUGGCGCCUGAUCCUGGACUGCGUGCCCCCUGGCAGCCUGCCCUGCGUCUGGUCUGGGCUGUGGGGUGGGAGGCGGCCUCCCUGCCAGGCCAGUGUCACAGGGACUGAGGAACCAGAUGCCCCUAUGCGCGGGAUUCAGGGCCACCCGCUAGCUUUCGGGGGCCCCAUCUGUGAGCGCAGCACUGCUGGGAGGGGCAGUGGAGGGUCUCCAAGAAGUACCUGCAGGACAGCCUGGAAGGACCCCUCGCCAAUUUGGGGGGUCCUUCCCACCACCUGUUCCUUGUGCUGGGGGCGAGCUCGGGCCUGGCACUUUAACCAAGAAGGAGCUGCUGAGAGUCCCUUCUAAUUCCCGACCCCGUGGGCACGCCGGGAGGGACCUUGCGGCCUGUGGGGGGCAGCUGGACAUGCAGGGACAGCUGGAGCGGGGAGAUUCGGGGGACAGGAAGGACAACCCGGCCCAGGCUUCCUGUGCUGAGCCGAGACGCCUCAGCUGGACGGAUGGACGGACCUUUCCACAGCCGCGCAUUAAACACUCCGUGGGCCUC